AUGGGGGAAGUGAGAUCGCACAGACAACGCGAAUAUAUUGGAAAAUACGAGGCGCCAUCGCUGACGGCUUUACCAGACUGUACUCAGUUGUCGGAGCUGGAAACUCAAUUGGUGGCACUUACAUUCCCGGAGGCCAUCGCAGGGUAUGGGGACGGCACACGAGCGCCGGUGUUACGGGAAGUGGUACCGCCGGAUCCUGUCGCAAAUGCACAAGCUGAGGAAACCGCUUUGGCGGUGUCCGGAAUGAAUGUGACGCUCACGACUCGCUCAUCCCGCAGAGGCGGGCAUUUGGGGGAUCGUGGACGUAAUAUUAGGACUGAAAAAAAAAUCGAAUUUCUGCGGCGGGUACAUCGCAUUCACAACUCUCAUUAG